GUGAAGGCGUUCUGAGCUCUCGAAUUACGCACGCAAAGUUGGGAUCAGAGGCGCGCGUUGGAGAUAAUUUUUUUUUCUGGUAACUUACCAAAACACUAAACGAAUUGUUACUGCGCGCGCUUGUAGAUUUGUGUUUGCGCGUGAAAUUAGGUGGCAAUACAUUCCUCUACUGCUCCGAGGACAGGGCGCGCCACAGGAACGCGCUUUGGUCUUUCUUUAAAAUAUCAGGCAUAAGCCUAGCAUUAUGAGGUGCAGCCAUGGCAGGCAAGGGUAAGACAGCUGCGAGGACGCUGGAGGAUUUAACGCUCGAUUCCGGUUAUGGUGGAGCGGCGGAUUCCUUCAGGUCGUCCAGCGUGUCGCUCUGUUGCUCGGACACGCAUCUGUCGUAUGCGCAUGGGGGCAACUGCUGGCAUCUGACUGAAUCCAUGCACAGCAGACACAACAGUUUGGACACGGUCAACACCGUCCUGGCGGAAGACACGGAGAUCCUAGAGUGCUCGGGCCAGUGCGCCAAAUUGCCCGAGCUGGAGGAGGACGUGCCGUGGAGUCUUGGAGAGGUGGAAGGCGCGCUGCGGAAAGACGAGGAACUGUGCAUAGGGAACGCGUCGCGGGAGAUCCUAGCCAAACUCUCCGCGCUGGUCAGCCGCGCGCUGGUGAGGAUCGCCCGGGAGGCGCAGCGCCUGAGUCUGCGUUACGCCAGAUGCACCAAGCACGAGAUCCAGAGCGCCAUCAAGAUGGUCCUCUCGUGGACCAUCUCCGUGAACUGCAUCACUGCGGCGCUCAGCGCGCUGUCGCUUUACAACAUGAGCACGGGCGAUAAGUUCAGCCGGGGCAAGUCAGCCAGGUGCGGACUCGUCUUCUCCGUAGGGAAGUUCUUCAGGUGGAUGGUGGAUAGCCGGGUGGCCCUGCGCAUCCACGAGCACGCGGCGAUCUACCUGAGUGCCUGUAUUGAGAGCCUGUUCCGAGAGGUGGUCAGUCGGGUACAGAGGAGCGCGCUGGUGGAGAAGGAGAACGGAGUGCCAAAGUUUUCCGUGGAGUCCCUGGAACAGGCCAUAAAUAACGAUUCGGAGCUGUGGGGUCUUUUGCAGCCGUAUCAGCACCUCAUUUGUGGCAAGAACGCAAGCGGUGUAUUGAGCCUGCCGGACAGUCUGAACCUGCACCAUGACCAGCAGCGAGCAGGGAAAACCGGAGAGGGCCAUGCCUACAGCCAGGCUGAACUCCGCACCAUUGAACAAUCCCUCCUGGCGACCCGCGUGGGGAGCAUCGCAGAGCUCAGUGACCUGGUGUCUCGUGCCAUGCAUCACCUUCAGCCACUGCACAUCAUGAACCCCAGCAAUGGAACGCCUGUACACCAGAACCGCACUGGCACCAUGCACUGGGAACCGGAAGCCCUCUACACGCUCUGCUACUUCAUGCACUGUCCUCAGAUGGAGUGGGAAAAUCCUAAUGUUGAACCCUCGAAGAUCACCCUGCACACUGAGAGGCCGUUCCUGGUGUUGCCUCCGCUGAUGGAGUGGAUCCGGGUGGCCGUGGCGCACACAGAACACCGCCGAAGCUUCUCUGUGGACAGCGACGAUGUACGACAGGCAGCCCGACUGCUGUUACCUGGGGUGGACUGUGAGCCGCGGCAGCUAAAAGCAGACGACUGCUUCUCUGCCACACGGAAACUGGACGCUGCAUCCACAGAAGCAAAAUUCCUGCAGGACCUGGGGUUCCGGAUGCUCAACUGCGGACGAACUGACCUGGUCAAGCAAGCAGUCAACAUGCUCGGGCCAGAUGGCAUUAACAGUAUGAGUGAACAGGGUAUGACCCCUCUUAUGUACGCGUGCGUCCGUGGGGACGAGGCCAUGGUGCAAAUGCUGCUGGACGCUGGAGCAGAUAUCAACAGUGAGGUGCCCAGCUCACUACACAAGCACCCCUCAAUUUAUCCUGACACCAGGCAGGGGACUCCACUCACAUUCGCCGUGUUACACGGACACGUCCCUGUCGUGCAGCUUCUACUGGAUGCCCAAACAAACGUGGAGGGAGCGAUUCAAGAUGGCACAGAGAACUACACAGAGACGCCUCUACAGUUGGCGUCUGCGGCAGGUAACUUUGAGCUGGUAAGUCUGCUUUUGGAAAGAGGAGCAGACCCUUUGAUUGGCACCACUUACCGUAAUGGCAUUUCCUCCGGUCCGCUGGGUGAAAUGAACUCAUACAGCCUGGCAGCAUCACAUGGACACAGAAAUGUGUUCCGGAAGCUUCUGUCCCAGGUGGAAAAGGACAAGGGGGAUGUGCUGUCUCUGGAGGAGAUCCUAGCCGAGGGCUCUGAGACCGUAGAGAGGAGAGCGCCACAGAACGAAGCCACCCUCCGGACAGGCAAGGCCAAACUAAGGGCCCUCCGCGAGGCCAUGUACCACAGUGCCGAGCACGGCCAUGUGGACAUUACCAUAGACAUCCGCAGCCUGGGUUAGUAAAAACACUGCACGAUUACCACAGACAUCAACCGACUGGCUCACUUCUGUCAUGCAGCGAUUAGUCUCAGCCUCAGACAGCAUCUAUUGCACAUAAAAAUGACAAGCACUAGUUGACCAAUCUUACCGGCUUAUGCAACUUACUGCAUAAGUGCACAAAUCCCUUUCUUUAUCAGUCCAUUGUGAUUAAUAUAUGACAAAUUUUUGAGGCUGAACUAAUCACUUGCCAAAGUUUACCAGGUUAGUGCAUCAAAUCUUUGAAAGACACUCUUUGAAAGAUGUUUGAGGCCCUUAAUAGUUAGUUAACAAGAAAAGAGUAUCUAUUGUUUAUUUUGCUUUGUUUUCUGUCAUGAAAUCAUUAUG